CUUUUUUACUUCCUGUUUUUCUCCGUUGUUAGGGUUUCUAGUUUCUUUCUUUGAAAGAACUAUUUCUUUCUUUUUUUUCUUUUCGGUUUUCGGCUACUGAGUCACCAAACGAGUUAAGGAAAAGAGAGACGAGUUUCACCAAACCAUGGGGUCGAUCCCCGAUCCUGGCGAGUUGACCGAGUUAACCCAGCCGAGUUUCGAUGAGUUCCAGCGUCAAACGUCUCUGAUGACCAGCUGUACUCUCCUCUGGAAAGAACUGUCGGAUCACAUAAAUUCACUUGAGCAGAACCUGAUGAAGCAGUCGGAGACCUUGAAACGCAAAAUCGAGGCACUGGACUCGGAAACCAAGGCUUCACUCGACUCACUCAAGAAGCGGGAACUCAGUAUCGAGGACAGUGUCAAGAUCGCACUCAGCCGAGUCGAGUUCAACACCAAAGCUGCCAUGAGGACCCUUGGAGACGACGUUGAAGACAAUCCGGACGGUGAGGUCGACGACGGAGACGGACUUUUGCAACACCUGAAAUCAACGUGCUUGAAAAUGGAAGCUAAAGAGUUCUGGAGCUUCGUGAUCGGAAAAAAGAAAGAAAUCGAUUUGUUAAGAGAGAAAAUCCCUGCAGCUUUAUCGGAAUGCAUCGAUCCGGCGAGGUUUGUUAUGGAGGCCAUAUCGGAGGUAUUUCCGGUGGACAAAAGAGGGAAUGAGGGAGGAAGUGAUUUAGCUUGGGCUUGUGUUUUGAUUCUGGAAAGCUUAAUCCCGGUGGUGGUUGAUCCGGUAAUCGGAAAAUCAAGGAUCCUUGUUACGCCUAGUAUGAAAGAGCAGGCCAAAGAAAUCGCGGAGACAUGGAAAAAGAGCCUUGAAGAGAGAGGAGGGAUUGAAAAUGUGAAAACCCCUGAUGUUCAUACUUUUUUGCAGCAUUUGGUUACGUUUGGGAUUGUUAAGAAAGAGGAUCUGGAGUUUUAUAGGAAACUUGUCGUUGCUUCUGCUUGGAGAAAACAAAUGCCCAAACUCGCCGUUUCGCUUGGCCUCGGCGAUCAGAUGCCUGACAUGAUUGAAGAAUUGAUCAGCAAGGGACAGCAGCUUGAUGCAGUUCAUUUUACUUAUGAAGUUGGCCUUGUGGACAAGUUCCCCCCUGUGCCCCUGCUGAAAUCUUUCUUGAGGGAUGCAAAGAAGGCUGCAUCUUCUAUUUUAGAUGAUCCCAAUAAUUCUGGCCGGGCUGCGCAACUUGCUGCACGCAAAGAGCAAUCAGCACUUCGGGCUGUCAUCAAGUGCAUUGAAGAGUACAAACUCGAGGCUGAGUUUCCGCCUGAAAACCUCAAGAAACGCCUUGAGCAGCUAGAGAAGACCAAGACUGAGAAGAGAAAACCAGUUGUAGUCCCUGCUAACAAGCGAACGCGUGUAAAUAAUGGUGGUCCGAUGCCUCCUGCUAAAGCUGGCCGUUUGACGAAUGCAUAUGUCUCAUCUUUCCCGGCACCUCCUCCAUUUGUAAGGUCUCCCUCCCACACCCAGUACCCUGCUCCAGUCCCAGGAUACCCAUCCCCACCUCCCAUGUAUGGAAGCAGGAGCCCACCCACCAACCCCUAUGCUUACUCACCAGAAGCAGCCCCUCCUCCCCUUGCUGGUUCAUACCCUGGAGCUCCCAUGAACUAUCCUGCAUACGGGGGCUACGGUAAUGGUUUGGCACCAGCAUAUCAGCAGGCUUACUACCGAUAGACAACGAUGACACUACUCUGGCGAUGGUAACCACUGAUACGCUGACUACCGACCCAUCUAAGUUUUUAUUUCUAAAUGGUUUGUUUGUAAUCACUAACCGUUUAAUGGUAGCGAUAUCUGUGUGUUUAAUUAAUAACUGCCGUGCUUCUUGCUUUUGCCCAAAGUAAGAAGCUGUAUCUCUAAUGUUGAUCAGAACUCUAGUACUAGGUGAUUGUGAAGUAGUAAUCAUGAUGGUAAGCAUAACAAUGUCUAAACUCGAGACUACCCCCAUGUAGGAUUUAGUUGUAGAAAAAUGUUGUACUGUUUAUCUGAUCUGAGCCUUUUACUUUUA